CCUCUCGCGCACUUUAAAUAAUCGAAGAGAGAGAGAGAGGAGCAGAGAGAAAGCUCGAAGAGACGACAAACCCUAGAAGUACCCAAUCGAUCUCCGAGGAGCCGGUGGCCUGAAAUGGCGGUAGCGAGAACCGGCGUUUACAUCGACGACUACUUCGAGUAUGCGAGCACAUUGCCUGCUGAGCUCCAGAGGCUACUCAACACCAUCAGAGAGCUCGACGAUCGUUCUCAGUCGAUGAUAAACCAGACUCAAGAGCAGACGAAGAGUUACUUGGGACUCUCAUGGCAGAGCUCGAUGAAAGGGAACAAGAAUGCUUACAGUUACCGCCAAGGUAAUGAAGAUGUGGAGACGGCCACCGAGAAAAUGCGGAAAGAUGUAGAGGCCAAUCAGGACAAUGCAUUGAACCUCUGCACUGAGAAAGUUUUACUUGCACACCAAGCUUUCGACCUUAUAGACAGCCAUAUUAAACGGCUUGACGAGGAUCUAAACAACUUUGCAGAAGACCUGAAGCACGAAGGUAAACUACCUCCAGAUGAACCAGCGAUUCUUCCUCCAUUGCCAUUAAUUACUAAGAACGAUAAGCGCAAGUUUCCUUCUGGAACACCUCAAUCAUCAAAGAGGUUCGAUCAAAGGGAUUGGGAACGGGAUCGCGACCGCGAGCGAGAUUUUGAGCUCAUGCCUCCUCCAGGAAGCCAGAGGAGGGAUUUUGCUGCUACUCUUGAGGUUGAUCAACCCAUUGAUCCAGAUGAGCCUACUUAUUGUGUUUGUCAUCAGGUAUCAUUUGGGGAUAUGAUUGCUUGCGACAAUGAAAAUUGCCAAGGAGGGGAGUGGUUCCACUACUUAUGUGUUGGAUUGACUCCGGAGACGAGAUUCAGGGGGAAGUGGUAUUGCCCAACCUGCAGAUUACUUCCUCUCUGUCAAUGACUACUGUAUUUAGAAGUGUAAGACUACUUUACCUUGUCGAAGCAUAUGAAUUGUUGAAUGCAAUUAUAUUUCCCUUCUGUCUCAAGAAACCGGAAAACUUUUUGUGACUUGGAUCCCACGAAAAAGGCAAAUGAAUCGUUGAAUGCAAUCGGAACUUGCUUUCCUUCUUUUC